GACCCAACAGAAGUGACCAAUUGUGGUCACUUCAGCAGCUGGCCGCAAUUGCCCAAAGUGUCUCCUUCCACAAUGACAUUAACCUGAAAACCUCUUUGAAGUUUGCCAAGUUCUUCAAUUGUGCUCCGAAGCAUCUUCUGCGAGGCCUGGGCACCGUGGGGUCCCAGACUCCAUCCUAAACCUUUUCUUUUCCAAGGAUUUUUUUUUUCCAAGUGGGUGUCUUAUGGCGGUUAUGGGGGAUUGAGUUUUCUGAAGACUUUGGCUUGGGAGAAGAAGAGCUGGCGUCCAGGGUGAUUUGUAUGCCCAUACCUCAGGACCCCUUGCAGGGGAAAGCUGGCCUGUCAUGGGAAUCCAGGGCAUGGAACUAUGUGCAAUUGCUGUGGUUAUUGUACUCUUUGUAGCUGUACUCAAGCAGUUUGGAAUUUUGGAACCCAUGUCCAUGGAAGAUAGCAGUGACAGCGAUAUAGAACUAUCCACAGUACGACACCAGCCGGAGGGGCUGGACCAACUGCAGGCUGUCACCAAGUUCACUAAGAAAGAACUGCAGUCCCUGUAUAGAGGCUUCAAAAAUGAAUGUCCUAGUGGUUUGGUUGAUGAAGAAACGUUCAAGUUGAUCUACUCACAGUUUUUCCCUCAAGGAGAUGCCACAAUGUACGCGCACUUUCUCUUUAACGCCUUUGACAUGGACAGGAGUGGCGCCAUUAGAUUUGAGGAUUUUGUUAUUGGACUGUCUAUCCUCCUGCGAGGGACUAUCCAUGAAAAGUUGAAAUGGGCUUUCAACCUGUAUGACAUUAACAAAGACGGCUACAUCACCAAGGAGGAGAUGCUGGCCAUAAUGAAGUCCAUCUAUGACAUGAUGGGCCGCUAUACCUACCCCUUGCUCAGAGACGAUGCCCCUAUAGAGCAUGUGGAGAGAUUUUUUCAGAAGAUGGAUCGGAAUCGUGACGGGGUUGUGACCAUAGAUGAAUUUUUGGAAACAUGUCAAAAGGAUGAAAACAUCAUGAGGUCCAUGCAGCUUUUUGAGAAUGUCAUUUAGAAGAGGACGUGACUUUUUGUCCAUGCCAGCACAAGACGGGACCCAUUGAAACCCGUGUCCCCACGUGGAUCACAGCCACCACAGUUUCCUUCUGUCACAGUUGUUCUGUCGCAGUUGAUGAAUGGUGUCAUUGUUCUCCCAGGGAACAGAGGAUCAUACUUACUGCCUGCCUGUUUGCACUGAUCCCUACUCUUCACAACAACAAACUCACCUUUAUAAAGACUGUUUUUUUAAAAAUAUAUAUAUAUUAACUAAAAGAAAAAGCACAUUUAUCUUUGCAAGAGCCAGGAUUCUCAAUCAGGGAUUUUUACAUGAAGCUGCUCUUGCCUGAGCUCCUUUACCCUAACAAAGUUGGGAGGGAACACUGACCCACCCCAGUAGCUGCAUCAAAGGGUAAGGUGUAGAGAGUUUAUGCUCCAUUUUUCCUGAAAACCUGCCAAAUUUCCCCCAAGAGUUGUACAUAAACAAUAAAAUGCACCUUUAGGAGAAUGGUCAUGAAAUGGCAAAGACCUGAUUUUAAUUUCUCAGCUUUGAUGUAGUUUGUUUUUAGGCAAUUAUUACUGUACUAUUAACAAGGUGGCCAUACUUGAAUUUACUGUCCUAUGUUCUCCAUAAAAAUAUCUUAGCAAGUCAAGGAUCUCCAGUUCAGAGAGCUACAGUUUCUCAUUUAUCAUUGGUCCUGAAACAAAGAUGGUGUUCCCAGGUUGGGUGUGUGAAAACAAUGGAUAGGGGUUUUAUGGUAUAUGUAAAUGUUUCUGGGAUUGACGUGAUCACAGAGGAAUCUUGCAGUGUUUUUAUAAGUUAAAAAAGAUUUAGAAAUACACCCUUGGGUACAAACAGAGAUAUUUGACUCCAUAUCUGAUGCAGAGUAGAAUCAAAUACAAAAGAAUAAAAAGAGGGCCUGUGUCUUUAAGCACAUACCCAGUUCAGUCCUGAAGGGAAGGCUACCAGAGAACCUACAUCCAUCAUUGUUUAUGGUGAAACACUUUCCAUUAUACUUCUUGCAUUCCUUCCAUUACUCUUCUUGCAUUAAAAAUGUACAGCUGGUACUAAAAUCCAUUAAUUUUUUGGCCAUGUUCCAUAACAUCAAAUCAAAAUCAAAAAAUAUGGUAAAGCAGACAGAUCUGCUUCUGACUCUAGAAGUAUACAAUGUCUAAACAGUGGGGCAUAUUUAUUUAUUAUAGUGUGUAAGCCAAUCAGCAAUUAGAUUUGAA